AGGUUUCUCCUGUGUUUGUAUCUUGGUAGCAAUUCUAAAGUUUUUAACAUUUAGAACUCUGGCAUUAUAAUUGUGCUUGAAGUAUCUACACAGAAGUGGUCUGUUUCAUCAUCCCCUGAGCUCGGCCUGUGUGUGGAUGUGACAUUCCAGUGGAAGGAAGCCAAGAGCCUAUAGUAGCGAUCCUGGGGAAAAUUUAAGCAGCUGUGGCUGUGUAAUUCAAAACCUCUGAAAAGUGUGCUGCAGUCCGUGCACAGCAUUAGUAUAACAUGAGGGCUGGAUGUAGCCCGUCCUCCGGAGGACUUCCUUGCCCGCUGCAGGAAAGAGAAGAUUGAAAGACAAACCUGGGUGCAGCAGAAAGGUCCAAAUAGAUGAGCUUGUGGCAUCCCUCCCCUGAAUUCAGAUAUUCAACAGUUGGACUUCAUUGUUAAUUCUCUUCCUGUUAUGUAAAGGAGAUCGUAGAAGUAGACAUCAGGGACUCCAUCGUGCCUCAGCUGGGUCUCAUUGUUCCAAACUGCACUAGUUAAGAUUACCCAGACUUGGAUUUCAAAGGAAUACUUUCAUUGUUCCAUCUGUCACACUAAGUAAUUGGGGCCAGCUGGAUGUCAGGAUGCGCGUGGUUACCGUGGUAAUUCUGCUCUUCUUCUGUAAAUCUGCGGAGCUCCGCAAGGCCAGCCCAGGGGGCUCCAGAAGCCGAGUGAAUCCUGGCCGGGCCGGUGGGAGCAGGAGAGGCUCCAACCCCGUCAAACGCUACGCGCCAGGCCUCCCCUGCGAAGUGUACACAUACCUUCACGAGAAGUACUUAGAUUGUCAGGAAAGAAAACUAGUUUAUGUGCUGCCUGACUGGCCUCAGGAUUUGCUGCACAUGCUGUUAGCAAGGAACAAGAUCCGCAUACUGAAGAACAAGAUGUUCUCCAAGUUUAAGAGGCUGAAAAGCCUGGAUCUGCAGCAGAAUGAGAUCUCCAAAAUUGAAAGUGAAGCUUUCUUUGGUUUAAAUAAACUUACUACUCUCCUACUGCAGCACAACCAAAUCAAAGUCUUGACGGAGGAAGUGUUCAUUUAUACACCUCUCCUGAGCUACCUGCGUCUCUAUGACAACCCCUGGCACUGCACCUGUGAGAUGGAAACGCUUAUUUCAAUGUUGCAGAUUCCAAGAAACCGGAACUUGGGGAACUACGCCAAGUGCGAAAGCCCACAAGGUCUAAAAAACAAAAAGCUGCGGCAGAUACAAUCUGAAGAGUUAUGCAAUGAAGAAGAAAGGGAACAAUUAGACCCGAAACCCCAAGUGUCAGGGAGACCCCCGGUCAUCAAGCCAGAGGUGGACUCUUCUCUUUGCUACAAUUACGUGUUUCCUAUACAAACGCUGGACUGCAAACGGAAAGAGCUGAAGAAAGUUCCAAACAACAUCCCUCCAGACAUUGUUAAACUUGACUUGUCAUGCAAUAAAAUCAACCAGCUUCGACCCAAGGAGUUUGAAGAUGUUCAUGAGCUAAAAAAAUUAAACCUCAGCAGCAAUGGCAUUGAAUUCAUAGAUCCUGCUGCCUUUUUAGGACUCACACAUUUAGAAGAGUUAGAUUUAUCAAACAACAGUCUACAAAACUUUGACUAUGGUGUAUUAGAAGACUUGUAUUUUUUGAAACUCUUGUGGCUCAGCGAUAACCCUUGGAGAUGUGACUACAAUAUCCACUACCUCUACUACUGGUUAAAGCACCACUACAACGUCCACUAUAACGGCCUGGAAUGCAAGAUGCCUGAAGAAUACAAAGGGUGGCUUGUGGGAAAAUAUGUUCGCAGUUACUUUGAAGAAUGCCCCAAAGACAAAUUACCAGCCUACCCUGAGACCUUUGAUCAGGAUGCGGAAGAAGAUGAGUGGGAGAAGAUGCAUCGGGAGCACGCGGCAAAGAAGCAAAGUGUAAGAAUCACCAUAGUGGGAUGACUCAGCAAUUUUACUCUUUGCAACUCAUUUUGAAUUUGCCGUACUGGUGUCCGAGAACCAUGUUUACAUUUUGAUCAACUGUGUUGCCUGUUAAUGCAGGGUUAUCCAGCUAAAGGACGGCUCCCUUAAUUAUUUUUUUGUGUGUGUGAGAAAUUCUGUCAAUCAAGGGAAUUUCGUCCUGCUUGCCUGUUUGCAGACUAGCCUUUGGUGAGAAUUCCGCACCGGCAGACUGUGGGAGGUGGGUCCUAACGAUGGCAUUGGAACUUCAUAAUGUCCUGUAUAUAUGUUUUUACUGCCUUUUCAAAAUAAAAUGAAAACUUGGUUCAUUUUUA